AUGGACGUAAACUCACUAUCUACACUGAAGCCGGCGCAUUCAUUUCGCGACAACUCGAUUGGAUCCGUACUAAGCAGUAUUGAUUUUGAUGACAAAGGAGAAUAUUUAGCAGCAGCAUGUUCUGCAGAUGGAGCGGUGCAAAUCUAUGAUGCUUUAAAUCCAAAAUUGGCGAAAAUAGUCUUUUGUCCGGAAAUGGGAUUGGAAAUUGCGCGGUUUACCCAUCAUUCCAAAAACCUGCUCUUAUCUACCAAAAAAACAAACAACAAUCUUUACUAUUAUUCUACAUUUGAUGACAAACUUAUCUCUACUUUUCCAGGCCAUACUGAACGUGUUACGAACUUGGAGGUGUCCCCAAUUGAGGAUCUGUUUGUGAGUACAAGUUACGAUAAAACUCUUAAGCUGUGGGAUAUCCAUCGUACACCUCGUUGUCUUGGAUCAUUGGACUUGCCUUCAGCGGGCUUACCUGCAUAUGAUCCUACAGGACUUGUUUUCGCAGUAGCCUGUCAUUCCUUGUCUUGCAUUUUUCUAUACGAUGCUCGGAAAUAUGACACAGAACCCUUUUCUACGUUUUAUAUUAAUGAUUCUAGAUACCUAUCUCGAUUUUCUUUCCCUCCUAUGAUGCCUGAAUGGCGGCAUAUGGAGUUUUCCAACGAUGGCAAGUUCAUACUUUUGUCCACUCGUGCAAAUGUACAUUAUGUUUUGGAUGCAUUUUCUGGAGAAAUUGUUUCACGACUUGACGGGUUUCAAGAUCUUCCUUCUUCUGAAUCUUCCUUGGGUAGUUCUGUAACCUUUGCACCUCAAGCGCCUUUUGUAAUUGGGGCUGCUAACGAAAAAACAAUCAAUGUUUGGAAUCUCAAGCAUCCGUCUCAUCACAAGGGUAAGUCUAAUCCACCACAGCGUCAAAUCGUCUCCCAAUCCCUCGUCAAGCCUUUCCUUGCUAAGCAUAAUCCCCGUUACCAUCAAUUCGUCACGGGUGGUUCACAACUAGUUUUCUGGCUUCCACAAGAAUAUGAGUAA